CGACGACAGCGUUUAUUUUGCGUCGGUUCGAUCAGGAAAGCGAUUUGAAAACUAUUUUUACAUUUCAUCUACUUUUGAUUGAAAGGGUUUAGCAGCGUAAAUUGCUGAACAUCCGUUGUUGAACUUUCUAGGUUUGUUUUCUUUCCGUGUUCGAUUUCUCUUACAUUUCGCAAUCAUGGCUGAUGAAAACAUGAAUUUGGAACUGACGAAAAAGAAGAAGAAGAAGCCGUUCAAUCUGGAGAAGGCGCUGGGUGAUCGCGACGGCGACAAGAAGGACGAGGAGCCCAAGGAGGAAGACCCGCUGCCCGACACGCCCGGGGCAGGCGACGAUGAGGAGCUGCAGUUCACCGGAAAGAAGAAGAAGAAGGCCACUAAAAAAACCACGGAAGAGGAGGCUGCUCCAACAGAGACGACCGUAAAGGAUGACGAGGAGGCGCUGCAGUUUGGCAAGAAGAAGAAGAAGGCCAAGAAGCCCGUCGACGUGGAUGCCGACGAAGAAGCGAAACUUAUUAGUUAUUACGACAGCGCAGAGGCUUUGAUGAGGAUGAGCCCGUGGAUGAGGACGAUGGCGCGGAUUUCGGUGAAUUCAAGAAGCCGAAGCCGGGGCAAAUCGGUGAAAUUCGCCGACGACGAGGAGGACGACGUGGACGGCGAGGGCGGCGCGGAUUUCGUGGAUGAUGUCGACUUGGAGAACAUUAAGCCGCAGAUGACGCCGUCGGCUAAUAUCAUGAAGGGCGCCUGGCUGGGCUCGGACCGCGACUACACGUACGACGAGCUGCUGACGCGCGUCUUCGACAUCAUGCGCGAGAAGAACCCCGAGUACGUGGGCGGGGAGAAGCGCAAGAUCGUCAUGCGGCCGCCGCAGGUCGUCAAGGUCGGCACGAAGAAGACCUCCUUCGCCAACUUCACCGAGAUCUGCCGCAUCAUGCGCCGCCAGCCCAAACACCUCAUCGCCUUCCUCCUCGCCGAAUUAGGUACGACGGGCUCGGUGGACGCCAACAGCCAGCUGAUCAUCAAGGGCCGCUUCCAGCAGAAGCAGAUCGAGAACGUGCUGCGGCGCUACAUCAAGGAGUACGUCACCUGCCACACGUGCCGCUCGCCGGAGACGCUGCUGCAGAAGGACGACCAGACGCGCGUCGUCUUCCUGCAGUGCGAGACGUGCGGCUCGCGCUGCUCCGUCAACAAGGUCUCCGCCGGCUACCAGGCCGUCACCGCCAAGCGCGCCGCCAUGCGCGCCAAAGAGACCUGAUGAAUGAACUGGCUGAUUUUAUUGGGAAAACGGCAAAAUGCUGGGUUUCGUUUGCUUUAUAUUGAGAUUUUCCACUGGUAUCCAUAGUAACCGAAUUGGCUGCGAUUGAUUUUUAAAUAAAAAUAAUAUAAACAAGUCUUCAACAGCGUGAUCAUGAUGCG